ACAGGCACAGUGUGUGUUGCAGUCAUGGGAGCAGUGGAUGUGCUUCUCCAGUCUCUCAGCCCAGCUUCAGUUUUAGGGGCUGUGGUGUUUCUGCUGAUCGGGUAUCACUUUCUUCUCUUUGUAUUUAGGCCUCAGGAGCCCAACCAGGGACCACCAGGACCAAAGCCCUUACCCAUUUUUGGACACCUGCUGCAGCUGGAUGUUAAGAGACUUGACCAAGCAUUCCUGAAGCUUUCCAAGACGUAUGGAUCUGUGUUCACUGUCUACCUGGGAUCAAAGAAAGUGGUCGUCCUGACAGGAUAUAAGACAAUCAAAGAAGCACUUGUCAGCUAUGCAGACGUGUUCGGAGAACGGGACGUACCCACAGUGGCUAAAGACACAAACCUACAUCACGGCAUUGCUUGGGCCAACGGUGAUUCCUGGAAAGAAAUGCGUCGCUUUGCUUUGACAAAACUGAAGGACUUUGGGAUGGGAAAGAAAGCAUGUGAGGAGAAAAUCAUUGAGGAAUCUCAGCUCCUCAUUCAGGAGUUCAAGAAGUUUAAAGGUGAAGCCUUUGACAUGUCUUUACAUGUAAACUAUGCUGUUUGCAAUAUAAUCAGCUCCAUGGUGUACGGGAACAGAUUUGAUUAUAACGAUCCAGACUUCAAAACAAUUGUAAAUCGAACAAACCGAGGCAUUCAGCUGUUGGGCUCACCAGCAAUACAGCUGUACAACUUGUUCCCAAGGAUUGGCAAAUUGGUGUUCUUUGCCAGGAGGAAAAUUAGCAAUGUCUUUGCUGCUAAUAAACAACAUCACCUGAUGCUCCUGGACCGUUUGAAACAGACCCUCAGUCCACAGAUGUGCAGAGGAGUUGCAGAUGCCUUCCUCGUCUGUCAGAAGCAACACAUGGAAUCUGGGAUCACGGACAGUCACUACCACAAUGACAACCUGCUGGUGACAGUCAUGAACCUGUUUUCAGCCGGCACUGAGACAACAUCGACUACACUCAGAUGGGCGCUCCUAUUUAUGGCUAAAUAUCCCAAAAUACAAGACCAGGUCCAGGAGGAGCUGAGGAGUGUCAUUGGAGGUCGUCAGGUGCAGGUUGAGGACAGACAGAACCUGCCUUUUGCAGACGCUGUUAUCCAUGAGACACAGAGAGUAACCAGCAUUGUUCCUUUGGCAAUUCCUCAUAGAACAAGUCAAGACAUCACUUUUCAAGGACAUUUUAUUACGAAGGGAACCACUGUAAUUGCUGUCUUAACAUCUGCUCUGCAAGAUGAGAGCGAAUGGAAGAAGCCAAACGUCUUUUUUCCCGGCCACUUCCUCAGCAAAGAUGGGAAGUUCCUGAAGCGUGAUGCGUUCUUGCCUUUUUCAGCAGGUCGCAGGAUGUGUCCUGGAGAAAGUCUGGCCAGAAUGGAGCUCUUCAUCUUCUUCACCACCCUACUGCAGCAUUUUCGUUUCACUCCUGCACCUGGAGUUAAAGAGGAGCAACUGGAUCUAUCUCCAAACAUCGGUGCUACUCUCAGCCCUAAACCCCAUAAACUGUGUGCUAUUCCACUAAUGUGAGCAAGAUGUCAUGGUGCAGCCCCGGUGGCUGGUACUGGGGGGCUCACUGAGUCAUACAUUCAUACCCGGUAUUCAGAGACGACAAAGAAACAGUGGAAUUAAUUUAUGUUUGAAACUUUAGCACUUACCUCAACACUGGAAUAAACAUUCACGCUAUUAGAGUAGUCACUGUUAAGCCUGAAGCAAAUAGAAGGCUGAAAAAGUGUGCCCCCUUGAAAACAUGCAUGGCUGCCAUUUAAUUUAUUUCUCGGGCCACAUCUGCCCUGGUGUCAAAAGAAUUUCUGCAAUGUCAAAAAAAAGUUGAGGUGAUCCAUGUUAUUAUACAGGAAUUAAUAAAAAAAUAUUGAAAUCUUCUAAAUCAUCAGCUUUAGAGGACUAGAUCGAAGGCCUAAAUUGAAGCCUGCAUUGUUUGCUAUGUUGCCAUUUUAUUUUCUUCCUUUACAGAAUC